AUGCAAGUAAUGAAGUUACCAUUUUAUUUGGGGCUAUUUGCAGCUCUAAUCGGAAUUAUCAUUCUGAGAAUUGAAUUACCAAAAGUAUAUAACAAUCUAGUGACAAGUUUAAGUGAUAAUAGUGGCAAUUAUCAAAUCUGGCUCUCAUCCAAAGACCAGUCACGUCUGAGUCUCGAACGAAACAUUUUCAAGCUCUUAAAGUACAAUGAAGUUGAUGGUUUAUGGAACAGUAAAUGGGACAUUCUAUGGAGCAUUGAGUAUCCAUUUCAUCGCUUUAAGGAGAGUAUAAAAAAUUUACAACAGAAUCAACGCAUCAAUCACUUCCCCGGUAUGUCACAGCUUACAAUAAAGAAACAUUUGGCUACAAAGUUUACGAAUUAUGAUUUCAUUCCAAAUGGUUUUACAUUUCCGAAUAUGAAAAAUGAGUUUGAGGAGUUCUGUGCUCAACAUCCAGAGACGAAAUUCGUUGAGAAAAAUUGGAACAAUCGUGGAGUGAAGCUUGUGAGGAAUAAAAAUGAAAUAAAUUUUCAAAGUUUAUCGACGAAUGAAAAGUUUCUACAAGAAUUUAUUGAGAAUCCAUACUUGAUUGAUAAUAGAAUGUUCGAUAUUGGUAUUUAUGUGCUAAUAACAUCCUUUGAUCCAUUGAGAGUAUAUAAAUUCAAUAAAGAAAUUUUAUUGCGAUUCUGUGCUGAGGAUUAUUAUCCAUUUGAUCAAGCAAAUACAAAAAAGUUUGUGGUUGACGAUAAUAGUAUUUAUGUCUGGGACAUUCCUUCACUGAAAGAUUAUGUUUUAAACUUUAAUUUUACGACCAAAGAUGCAUUUGAAAUUUAUAUGAGACAGAAAGGUUGUGAUGUACCAAAGCUGUGGGAGAAAAUGGACGAUGCUGUAGUCAAGUUAUUAUUAGAUAAUGAGAAAAAUGUGAUUGCUGAAACUGCAAAGAUUGGUCAAUCUUCUCGAAACUUUUUUGAAAUUCUACGCUUUGAUUUCAUCAUUGACAAAGAACUAAAAAUACACUUGAUGGAAAUUAAUAUGAGUCCCAAUUUGGGUGCCAUAAAGGACAAUUUUAACAUCAAACGCAAUUAUCGCAGCCAAUUAAUCUUCGAUACAUUAAAUAUCAUCGGCGUAGCAAGCACAAAGGAGAUGACGAAACAUGAAAACCGUUUUAUAGCUUCUGAUGAGCGAGAUGUUGUUAUUCCAUUAGCUGAAUGCAGCACAAAUGACUGCAAUUGUUCACAAGAGAGUUGUAAAGUGUGUAUGGCAUGCACGAAGGAAUAUCAUGAUCUCAUUCAUCAGUUCUAUGGUGAACAUGUGAGGCGUGGACGAAUGAAGAGAAUUUUUCCAGUUAAAAAGCAUUAUGAUGGGAAUUUAAUGAAUCACGUAGGUGCUGCAAACAAAUUUUCAAUUAAAUGGUUUUAUAAUAAAUCUUUUGCAAUUUGGUGUUAUCGAUGUAAUUCAGCAACGCCUGGAUGUUCUGACAAUUUCAACUGGCGUGGUAUCGGAUAUCUUGGCGAAUCAUGUCCAGAGGAUGAUGAUAUUUGUGUAAAAGUCAUUGAGACAAAAGGAGCAAGUGAAUUUAUUACUCGUGAUUGUCUAAGUGCCUUAGUUCCAUAUAGAACAGACAUUCCAGCUGAUAAAUAUGAAGGUUGUCGUAGGGCAACUUACGACCCAAAAUUAGCUAAUUACGUCAAUAAUUCCAUUAAAGAAAUUAACGUCAAACGAGACUAUUUCGACUCGACACUCUUUUGCUUCUGCUUCUUGGAUCACAGAUGCAAUGGAUCAAGUAAUUUAAGCAUAUCGACUCUUCUUGUUGUCUCACUAUCAGCUGUCUUUGCCUUCUUACGACAUUAAGAGAAUUUUAACGAAUAUUUAAUUAGAAUCUGCAC